UCGCGCAGACUCGCGAUACGCUAACCGGAAUGGAUCCCUCGCCGAACCCCUCCUCCACCGCUGGCAACGGUGGCCUCUCCGCCGCCGCAGGAGCCGCCGCGACGGCCGCCAACGCCCUAGCCCCCACUGCCAAUGCCCACGUCAGUGGCGGCGACGGGGCCUCCGCCGCCGGCCCGGCGGACGACCGCUCCAAGAAUCUCAAACAGGUCAUCAACUCCAUCGACAAGACCCUCGGCCUCCUCCACCAGCUCUACCUUACCGUCUCCUCCUUCAGCGUCGCCUCCCAACUCCCCCUUCUCCAGCGCCUAAACGCGCUUGUUGCUGAACUCGACACGAUGCAGAAGCUGGCGGAGAACUGUGACAUCCAGGUCCCAGCGGAGGUGGUGAACUUGAUUGAUGAUGGGAAGAACCCGGACGAGUUUACCAGGGAUGUCCUGAAUAGUUGUAUUGCCAAGAACCAGAUCACCAAAGGAAAAACGGAUGCUUUUAAGAGCUUGCGGAAGUACCUUCUGGAGGAGCUCGAACAAGCCUUUCCUGAUGAAGUGGAAAAUUAUAGGGAGAUACGCACAUCUUCUGCUGCCGAAUCAAAACGGCUGGCUCAGUCACAGAGCACUUUACCUAAUGGGGAUGUCAAAGUAAAGGCUGAGCAUUAAGUUCUCUUGAUCUCAAUGACUUUAUUAUCAGCUCGCAAAAAAAAAAAAAAAAAAAUCUGUUCUCUGGUUGUAGUCGUAUCAUAUGGAAUUUUGUUUCAGUGUACUAUUUAAGCUUUAAUUUAUUGGAAAGAUCUCAGGGAUGAAAUAUCUUAUUUCUGGUUCUUCCUGUACGUUAAUCCACGCAUCGUGAUAAGUUAAAUAUUAUAUCAGCCUUUUUGUGCUCGGGAA